GAUUUCACGUUAUAAUGCGACUACAGUGUUCGGCUAUGAAAUUCCGUAUUUCAACAAAUUCCAACUUUCAUUUUCAUUCAUUAUGCCGCUAACUUUGGUCGCAGUGUCAAUUUCAUUCAAAAUAAAAAAGAGUUGCAAUCAAAGGCACCCAUAACCCUGUCAUUCUUUUACUGCAAAAACAUUUACAUUUUGUUCUCAAUUUAAGUUUGUGCGAUUUUUUUUUUGUGUAUAUUUCCAUUUAAAAUGCACUUUUAAUGCAAAUCUUGCGACAGUGUUAUCCGUAGCAAUGUCAUUAAAAUCAGUUUAAACUCCGUAAAUUUAAUUUAUUUUACAAGAAUUUGAGCAAAAUAGUAUUUAAUUCCUUUUUUUUUACUAUCUGCACAAGUGCAUGAGCGACGUAAUCGCUCCCUCGGCAUAAAGAAAAAAAGAAACCGACCUCACAUUUUAUACCAUAAGAGAAGCGAACAAAGCGCGAAAUAAUAUUUUUAUUACAUUAAUUCGUAUUGUAAUUAUCAAAUUGAAAGGCCAACAGCAGAAAUAAUAAUCGCGGGUUAUAAGAGCACGGCGAUGGACCAAAUUCCCAUGCAGAACAAUAACAAUGGCAUACCAUGGCACAACAGCACACCACAGUUUGAAUGAGUGAAGAAAGAGAGAUGGAAAAAACGCUAUAAUUAAAAUUCUCGCUCGCUUUGCCGCUUUGAGAGUACGGAAAAUACGCCGUUCAGUGAGAUAAAUGACACAAUAAACGACCGCACGCAUGGUUAACACUCAAUCACGCUGCGUCCGAAUCAUCAACGACAAUGUGGUACACAGUGAGUGUGUGUGUGUGUGUGUGUGUGUACGUGUGGAGGCGGUGUGCGAAUACUAUGUUUGGAUGGCAUCUAAUUUCCAUCGCUGAUGGGCCAAUCGUCUUUUUAUUUGCACUCAACAUUUAGUGUCACUAAUUCAACGGUGAUUUUGCAAUCGAAACUAUGACUGGCGCCUAUGAUUCAUAUUUUCGAUCGAGUAAUCGAUAAGAUCACACAAGUUACUGAAAGUAUAAUAUAAGGCGCUAUUUUUUCAAUAUUGUCGUUGAGUUUUGAAAAAGUAUUGGACAAUAAUUUCAGAAAAAUGAAAAAAAAAUCGUCAAAUUUUUUUAUUCCAGUUUUGAUCUAGUCCACAAGAAACCUGCCGUGAUAAUAUCUCUGCUUGAAAAUAUGUCGCAGAAAAUGGUAAUUUGAGAAUCAAAUGUGCCGAUCUUUCCAUUUCAAUGAUUACAUCCGCCAACUUUCUUGCUGCAAAUAAUUAGUCUGAUGGCAUCUCAUAGAUCGUUACCAUGCUACUCGCAGAUCGUUGUCAACACAACAACAGAAACUCAUCUUUAUUCCGACAAAAAAGUGUCGAUAAUCCGAAAAGCGACAGAGAAAUGAUUUCUUAAUUCGUUUUGGCUUUCUUUUGAUGCGAUCAUCAGUGUGCAAAGCACACGAACUGAGUGAGCGUGGGCUGUUCAUUCUAUAAAAGUACAUGCAUGCAUUUUGUUACGUUACGUGAAGCGGCUAGUUUUGUUUCUUUUUCGCUACAUGUUACGUAUUUUGCGCACCGUGCCAAUUCAUUUGGCUCACUUUCGUUUUCUACGCGAAAAAAUAUCAACGAGUUCAAAGCGUGCGAAAAUGGGUGGAAUUGCCAUUUUUGGACGCUGUGUAUUGUCUUUUUCAGUGGCAUUUUUUGCAACCUGUGCAAAAAUCUGCUUACGUUGCAGUGUUUAGUCUGACACGAGCAACGGUAACGAGCGAAUCGUAGCGAAUUUUUAAUGGUGAAAAUUUUAAAACGAUUUUUUCUUUUCAAAUAUCAAGAAUCAAUGUUAAAUUAAGCCUGGAAAUGAGGAGGUUUUGUCUGUUAAUAGUGAUAUUCGUGCUGAGGUAUUCAUCGGAUGUGAGUGGUUUUCCAGCAAUAGAUGCAAGCGCUGCUCAACGACAACGAUUUGACAUAUACAAACGACAAAAUUCCGAAUUCAAUCGACUCCAAUCGAAUGAAAUUGAUUACAGUGGAUUUGAUGAGUUGAAUGAUCAAGCGCCGAAUCAAUCGGCCGAAAUUAUAAAUCAGUCCGAAAGUCGACUGUUUGGAUUUAAAAGAAGGCCAUGUGUGCCAGUGUAUGCAAAUCAUGGAAGUAAUGGCUAUGGUAAACGUGGUCGUGGAGGACGUGGACGAAACGAUGGAAGAACUCUGUACGAUUUGAAUUUCUAUUUCCUUGGCUAUCAACCCAAUCAAUACCAGGUGAAUCCGGGAACGCAAACCGUUUCAGCGAUCGCCGCUGUCGAUAACAACAGACCAGUAGUAAGUGAUAAUCAUUACGAUCACUACGGCGGAUAUUAUGAUUGCGAGCCAAAUCCAUUCUAUCGUCCACCAUUUGGGUUCGGUAGCGGAAACGGCGCGCAUUACAAUGAUGAUCCGAAUAGGCCAAGUUAUUUGGGCUCAUUGGGUCAAGGUUUGUUUGAUUUUAUUAAUGGACUAUUCGGUUAUGGUAACCCAAAUGCAGGCAGCGGUGGAUACGAUACGCCAGUUUCUUCUGGCACUGGUGCCGUACUAAAUGACGAAAAUGCCCAAAAACCUGUCUUCGAAGUCAACGUACCUGAUACUAUCGCAGCACUGAAUCCAAACAACUGGCGACCUGGCCAACUAGUCGGCGGCAUACAAAGCAGUGUGAAUGGUUUUGUGCAGGAAAUAUCGCGAUACAUUCCAUUUUAGAUUAAAAUCCCAAAAUUAUAGUUUUUAUUGUUGAAAUUGUUGUAUUUAUGUAACCAUUUAUUGUGUGAAGAAGAAAAAAAUUAUUGAAUUCGGUAGAUC